GUCGUAAAUAGAUAGCAAGCAUGACGUGAUCAAAAUUCCAGAAAAACCAAUUUCACAACAAAAAUAUUGCCCCAUUAGUCAUCAUAAUGUGAAACAAUUUAAUGUAACUUCAAAAAUGCCAAUCCAGGCCCCACAGUGGACAGAGUUUUUGUCGUGUCCGGUUUGUUGCAAUGCCUUCGACGACAAACUCCGCAGCCCCAUCAGCUUGGGCUGCGGACACACAAUUUGCAAAGGCUGCCUAUCGAAUUUACAUAGGAAACAGUGUCCUUUCGAUCAAACCCUAAUCAGCGUGGACAUUGAAAAUUUGCCUGUAAAUACUGCUUUACUUCAACUAGUCGGACCAAAUAAUGUUAAAACCACAACUGACAAAGAGGACUUGUUUGAUAAUACUAUAAUACCUAAAGAUUGCUUAAUUGAUUAUUCAAAAUGUAGGAAAUAUGUUGAAGAAUUGGCUUUGUAUUUGAAGCCCCAUUCAAGUGGCAGUGGAAGCAUAUUGUCUAGACCUAUGCAACGCAAAUUAGUUACCCUUAUCAACUGUCAGCUGAUUGAAGAUGAGGGCAGAACAAGAGCUAUGAGAGCUGCAAGAUCCUUAGGAGAACGUACAGUAACUGAAUUGAUAUUGCAACAUCAAAAUCCCCAACAGUUAUCGGCCAAUUUGUGGGCUGCAGUUAGGGCAAGGGGUUGCCAAUUUUUAGGCCCAGCAAUGCAAGAAGAAGUACUCAAAUUGGUAUUAUUAGCUCUGGAAGAUGGUUCUGCUUUGUCUAGAAAAGUAUUAGUAAUGUUUGUAGUGCAAAGACUAGAACCGCACUUUCCUCAAGCUUCAAAAACUAGCAUAGGCCAUGUGGUGCAACUUUUAUAUAGGGCUUCUUGUUUUAAGGUUUCAAAAAGGGAUGGCGAUUCCUCCUUAAUGCAACUAAAAGAAGAGUUCCGCACUUAUGAUACCCUACGCAGAGAACAUGAUGCCCAAAUAGUCCAAAUAGCAACCGAGGCAGGUCUUAGAAUAGCCCCAGAUCAAUGGUCUGCCUUAUUAUACGGUGACACCGCUCAUAAAUCUCACAUGCAAAGCAUCAUUGACAAACUCCAAACGCCACAAUCUUUUGCCCAGUCAGUUCAGGAAUUAGUCAUAGCAUUGCAAAGAACCGGAGACCCUGGAAAAUUGUCAAUUCUGAGAAGCCCAUUGGAAUUAUUAGCUGGAAUCGAUCCCAAUCCAGAAUCAACAUCUCCUAGCUGGAAAGACUGCACCAACUCUUUAGAAGCAGUCAAGCAAGUUGUAGCGGGCUUAGUAGAAUUCAUUCAACAACAUGGAAGCAGAAAAGUGCAAGACACCUCACAUUCACAACAUGCCAAGUAUAAAAUUAGCAUGUGUCGCGAUUUGACCCUGAGAGGCAGUUGUCCCAGAGGCACCAAUUGCACUUUUGCCCAUUCCAACGAAGAACUGGAAAAGUACAGAGCCAAAAACAGGAAAAACUUGAACCGCAACAAAGAGAGCCGCAUGGACAACAACCAAUCGCCUGUUACAGACAAAAUAUUUCCACAACCGGAGGAAUAUUAUUCCAGCACAAUUAGUCCAAUUCCUAUGCAAGCGAUACCUAUACAAAAUAUGGGCUAUGAGAUGCCAUUUAAUCCUAGUUAUCCGCCCAAUCAGCAGCAGUUUGCUCAGAUGAUGUAUCCUCAAGGGGAAAUUUUACAGCCUCAGCACAAUUUGGUUUUGACUAAUGGUGGUCCUGUAUAUCCUUUGGCGCAGCCGGAAUUUCAACAAACUGUUGAGAAUAGCAGGAGGGGUGGAUGGGAUCAUAUGGUUCUCAAACAUCACCAAAACUACGCGCCUCAAAAACCGGUCUCCAAAAUGAAAAGCCUGGCCGAACUGCACCAACUCAAAAGAGAAGUAAUUUCGCAACUGGAAAAGGUGGUAGGCAAAAAUGCCGCCACCGAAAUUUCAAACAACGCCACCACUAUGGCCAGGCAAGAGUCCCAGCACGACCUGGACAGUCCCACAUCCCCCUACAACUUUUGGACAGGACAAAUCAAUUCAGGCCCCACAUUCGUACGAUCUGAUUCUAUAUUAGCGGCCGACGAUGACUACGUCCCUUAUGACGCGCCAGCAAUCAGCAAAUUCGGUCCGAUUUCGAGAAUGCCCAAAGACACCAACCAAGGUCCAGCUUUUAGGGACAGAAGACCAGUAUCCUCAGGGAGUCCAGUAACCUCGUGGUUUUUCAACAACAACAACCAUUUCCAUCAAGGCACGAUGCCUCCCAUCAUGGUUCCUACUACAACAGAAGGUUACCUCACUUAUGGAUCUCCUCAGGUCAUUUUUCAAAGGUUGCAAGAUCCUUCGGCCAAGGAAUUGUUUGCUGAAUCGCAACGGGUGCAGAUUCAGUUGCGCAGCAUCGAGAAACAACUCAAUAAUUUGAAGCUGGCCACUCAGGGGGUGACAAAUUUGAGUGACAGUGAGAGGCUAACUCAGCAACUUCAUGUCAUUGAGCAAGGUAUACAGGAGAAGCAAAAAGAAGCUUGUUUGAACAAAAUUGUCCAUUCGCUGACCCAAGCGAAUCGUUCGCACAUUAACAACAACAACAACGGUAAGUUGCCCACAAAAACACCAGAGGAUGAUACUUAUGAGCAGGACAUUGCAAAAGACAUGCGCGAAUUGGAGCUACGUCUUCAAGAAGAACUAGAAGAGUGGAGCGGUGAAGAUUCACCAAAGUAAAUUAGUAGGCUAGUGAUCAAAACGAAAAUUAGACUAUGAUAAUUUAGCAAAAACAAGGUGGUUGGUCGAUCCUUAUUCAUAAUAAGUACCAACCGAUGAGAAUUUUCAAUUUUAAUGAAUUUGGCAAGAAGUUAUUCCAGUUUUAUGGGACUGUGUGUGCAAGGGAGAGAAAAAAAUUACUUAUAUUUAUAUAGAUACAAAUUUUUUUUCCCUCUCGAAACCACUUCAAGAGAACAAAAGGGCAACUUGAAAACGUCAUCUCUUUUUAUGUAAACUAAAUAAAUAAAUCAUACUGUGUGUGAUCGGGUAUAUCAAUGUUUGUAAAGUUGAUAUAUAUUUUUGUUUCAACGUGAGCAUUUGUUUGAAAAUGCAACUUUGACUAAAUAAAUUUUAAUGAAAAAAAAAAUAGACCACUCAAGUGGUUGAUAAUAUAUUUAUUUAAAAUUAUUUAUACCUAUAUACAUAAAUUAUUCUGCUUUUUAUUAAUUAUUAUUGAUUGGUUGAUUUUUGGCUCAUUGCAAAUUGUUUUUUACAGUGAGCCAAAAAUCACCACUAUAUUUUAUACAAUUUUUUUGUUAUUCAAACUUUUUACAUUGAAGAUCGUGUAAUAUUUAGAAGUAGGUUAAGCUAAAAGAAAAUUUUAAAAAAAAAUUGCUUUUUUCUCCUAUAUAAAUUAUUUAUAUUGUGCUUUAUUUAUUGUAUUAUUGCAUUUUGGGACACUGUGUUUGAAUUCCUAGAGUGUUUAAUUAUGUAGUUCUGAAAUGAUUAAUUUUGUAAUUUUGAGUUUAAACAAGUGUGGCUCUUUAACCCGGCAUUACACGCAUAAAAAAACAUUCAUAUAAAUUAAGCACUAUAAUUCCUAGUCCAAUGGCGUAAUGACUGAUUUUAUCAAUGUUCAUCUUUUUGACCGACAUACGCGUGUACUCCCGGGUUAAAAUUUCCAACAUCCAACGAACAAAUUGGCUUUGCUUUUAGUUAUUGAAAAGUGCCUUUGCAUUUUACACAAAUUUGAUUUCAGAACUACGGCUUUAUAUCUAAAAAUUAUUUGCAAUACUUUCUUAGGCUGUGUAUUUUUUUUUUUUUGAAAAUGUGGAUCGUUUUCCUGAAAAAUUGUAAGGAAAAAGAGCUUCCUGUUAUUGUAAUCCUAUGUUUGCUGCCGCAGUCAUUUUUUGUUGUUUGUAUUUUUAAAUAUCAUGUUGCACAUGUGUUUAUAGUUUACGUCCUAUAUUUUUAUAUUGAUUACAUUAAUCACUAAUGUAUUUUUAUGCAUGAAUUAUGGUGGAAGUAUAUAUCUUAUUAUACUCUAAAAAAAAUUAUUAAUUAUAUUAAUAAAUGUUUUAACCUUG